GAAGCGCAGAAUGAAUUAUGUGAGAAUCAAACAGUCCAUGUAGCCGAUGUAGCCAUUAUUUUUCGUGUUUUUGUCUAUAUUUAGAUCACACAUACUUCUCUUGAUCGUUUUGACCUGUUAAGGGGAGGAUGAGUGCGGAGGCAGCAGACCGGGUGGCUGCUGUGACCAGCAGUCGGCCCGGCACGCCUCUUCAGACUUCCUGGUUUGAGUUCCUUCUGGAUGCCAGCCUGCUGGAGACACACCUGCAGAAGUCCUACCCAGACCCUCCGUCGGUGCAGCUGAUCGUUCAGUUCCUGGAGCAGGCGUCUAAGCCCUCGGUGAACGAGCAGAACCAGGUGCAGCCUCCUGCAGACAACCGCAGGAACCGAACCUUGAAGCUGCUGGCACUGAAGGUCGCUGCGCACAUGAAGUGGGAUCUGGAUGUUCUCGAGAAAGGCUUGACCAUCCCAGUGUUAAACAUGUUGCUGAACGAGCUCCUGUGUGUGAGCAAAGUGCCCCCAGGUGUAAAACACGUGGACCUGGACCUGUCCACUCUGCCUCCUACCACAGCCAUGGCUGUCGUCAUUUACAACCGCUGGGCGAUCAGGACCAUCGUGCUGAGCAGCUUUCCAGAGAAACAGAACAAACCCGGACCUCACCAGAUGAACAUGUUAAGUAUCGUGCAGCAGGAGAAAGAGAUGACUGACAACAUCCUCACCGUGCUGAAAGAGCAGGCGAGCGACUCCAUCAGUGUCCUUGAAGGAGCUGUGCAGCUGAAGAAAGACUUCUACAUCCACACUCUGAGGACUCUGGACCUGCUGGCUGCUGACGCCGCCGCCAACGGGGAGACGGAGUCUUCGACGGCAGGACUUCGAAUCAGCGCGGACGAGCUGCACUGUCAGGUGCAUUAUGAUUUGGGAGGUAUUUUCUUCCAGCAAGGCUGCACAGACCAGCCGGCCUAUCAGAAAGCUCGGGAUCACUUCAGACAGACGAAGGAGCUGUUGAAGAAGCUGGACUCGACUGUCCACGUUCACCUGGAUGAGAAACGUCUGGCAGGUUACUGGAACGCCUGCAAAGCUCUGACUGAAGGCUGCGACCCCUCAGACUCCCAGACGACGCCCUACGAUCAGAUCAACAGCCUGAUCAGGGUGCAAAACCACCAGGCCGUCAUCGAAGCCUUCAUCAAAGAUAAUGUGUCCCGUAAUUUACCGAUCCACUUCAGACGCUCUGUUCUCAGAGAGUAUCUCUACAAAGUCCAACAAGGAGAGUCGGGGCUGGACGAGGUUUGCCACAAGUUGUGUGUUUGUAACGCCGUCCGAGACGCUUUGGAGGGAGAAGGGCUCAGUGUGCGUUUCCAGCAGCUCCUCCUGCGGCCCAGCAAAAGGAUGGUGGACUUCAUUUUAGAGGUGUGCACACUAUCCCUGGAAAAGGAGCGUCCAUCAGAGACGUCCAGGAGGAACAUGGCCAGUUUCAUGAAGACUCUGUGUGAGAGCUUGGAGGAGCUGCCGCUGCUCUUCAUGGUGUCGUCUCAUAAACUCUUCAUGGAGCUGCUGAAGGAGGACGAGAGGAAGGUGCUGGUGGAGCAGAUGAGGAAGAGGUCGGCUACAAUCAACCUCAGCGCUAAACCUUUGUCCUCUUUCUACGACAUUCCAGCUUCAGCGAGUGUGAACAUUGGGCAGCUGGAGCAGCAGCUCAUCCUCUCCCUGGAGCCGCGCAGGAUCAGACAAAUCCUCAUUGAACUGCACGGCAUGGCGGAAAGACCCUUCUGGAGGGUCAACAGUAAGUGGGAAGUUCCCUCCGACUACAUUAACGUGAUCCUGGGCAUCAAAGACAACCUGACUAAGGACCUGGUUUACAUCCUGAUGGCCAAAGGACUCCACUGCAUAUCUAUAAAGGACUUUGCUCACGCUCGGCAGCUCUUCUCCGCCUGCCUGGAGCUCGUCACCGAGUUCUCCCCGAAGCUGAGGCAGGUGAUGCUGAACGAGAUGCUGCUGCUGGAGGUCCGGGCGCACGAGACCAUGGCGGCCGAGGGCAGCAAGGAGAGGCCGCCGUCCGACCUGGUCAGCCGGGUCAGAGGAUACCUGGAGAUGAGGAUUCACGACCUGCCUCUGCGUCAGGUGGUCGGAGAGGAGUGUGUCGCCUUCAUGUUGAACUGGAGAGAGAACGACUACCUGACUCUGCAGGUGCCACCUUCUCUGGUCAUGAACAACCCCUACAUCAAGAUCGGUCAGCUGCUCGCUUCGACGUGCAAAGAGCUCCCGGGUCCUAAAGAGUGUCGGCGCACGGCCAAGGAGCUGUGGGAUGUGGUGGUCCAGAUCUGCAGUUCCGUCCAGCACAAGAGGAACAACGACGGCAGAGUGGGUCUCAUCAAACACAGAGAGUCCUCCAUGGGAAUCCUGCACAGGAGCAAAUUCAUCACUUUCAUCAAGAAGCUCAGAGAGCCGCUGGUGCUGACGACCCUCAUCUCCCUGUUUGUGAGGCUCCACAGCAUAGUGCGGGACGAUAUUGUAAAUGAAGUCACUGCUGAGCAUCUCACCAUCUGGCCGUCCACUCUCCCAAAUAUACAGGCGGUAGACGUGGAAGCUGUGGCUGUGACGGUCAAAGAGCUGGUGUCCUACGCUCUCACCCUGAAUCCUAACAACCAGUCGUGGCUCAUCACACAGGCUGAUAUCUACUUUGUGACCAAUCAGUACUCUGCUGCGCUGAACCUUUACCUCCAAGCCGGAGCUGUGGGCUCCGACUUCUUCACCAAACCUGUUCCCCCUGACGUCUACUCUGACCAGGUCCUGAAGAGGAUGAUCAAAUGUUGUUCGAUGAUGAACUGCCACACACAGGUUGCUGUUCUCUGCCAGUUUCUCAGAGAGGUCGACUACAUGACGGCGUUUAAAGCUCUUCAGGAACAGAACAGUCACGAUGCCAUGGACUCGUUCUACGACUACAUCUGGGACGUCACCAUCCUGGAGUACCUCACACAUAUUCAUCACAAACGGGGCGAGACUGAGAAGAGACAAAUAGCGAUCAAAGCGAUCGGACAGGCGGAGCUGAACACCAGUAACCCCGAGGAGGUGCUGCAGCUGGCAGCGCAGAAAAGAAAGAAGAGAUUCCUGCAGGCGAUGGCCAAACUGUAUUUCUAGGACACACACGAGUCCUGAGGGGAACGGGAAUGUACAUUUUAUUUUGUGGUAGAAAAUACAUUUCUAAAUAAAUACACAUGUACAUGUUAUGAUUUACAAUGAGUUCUUAAAAACAACUGUAAAUGUUCCUGAGUUACACAAACAACAGCUUUGAUAUGAAUCGAUAUUUAUCAGAUACACAAAAAAACGAGUGUACUUCUUUCACUCUGAGCUUUCAUGAAAAAAAAAAUGGAACUUACUGAUUGUGUUUCAAGUUUUCUUCAGCACUUCAGAGGUAAACAGAACAGCUCACAUUUCACAGAAUAAAAACAUUUGAUCCGACCCUGAAGCAGUAUUUAAAAAUCUAACUGUACAUAUUUGAUUUGCUACAUAUCUUUUUUUUUU